UGAUUUUUUUAGAGUUUUUUUGAGUAAUCAUAGAUGGGUUUCCUUUUUGAGAAAGAGUAAUCGUAGAUGAUUAGAAAAAAAAUUUAGGGGAAUUACGUAGAUGGUUAGAUGAAACAUGUGAAAGGGCAACCACCGUGAGGCCCAGCGAAAAUUCGACCGUUGCGUGCCUCACUAAAGCACUCGACCGUUAGACGCGCACGUCCCCUUCCCUUCCUUCCUUCCUUCCUUAAGCCGCGCGAGCGCGACCACCCAACACCGGAUCAUCACGCUUCUACUCCCCCCUUUCCAUUUCCGCCUCCCGGUCGAGUCCGAUCUGACAUCAACUCAGAACCUUCCAAUUCAGAACGAACCUUCCAAUGGCGGCAGAGCCCACCAAAAGCGACGCCCACGUCGUGGAGAUCCCGGUCACCGGCGACGGAGCGGGCGCGUUCCCCUGCAAGGCGGCGGCGGCGGCGGCGGCGUCGGGGCACCACCCGCUGGGCGAGAUCGCCGACAGCGGGGGCCACCUGCUUCUGCUCAAGCUGUGGCAGCGGGAGGAGUCCCGCCUCAACCGCCGCGCGUGCGCGCUCGAGGCGGUCAUGGACGCGGCGCGCCGGGACGCCUUCUACCUCUGCGCGGCCUUCCUCGCCCUCCACGGCCUCUCCCUCGCGCUCCUCUUCGCCGCCUCCGUCGCGGGCGGCUCCUCCGCCGCGCUCCCGUCCCGCGCCUGCAGGAGGUGGUGGGCGCCGUCUUCCCUCUCGCUGGCCGCCUCCCUCGCGCUCGCCGCCGCCGUGCAGCUCCGCGUCUGCGCCUACUGGCGCGCCGCGCGGCGGCUGCGGCGGGAGCGCGGCGACGCCCGGGCCCUCGCGCGGUGCGUGCAGGAGCUGCGCUUGAAGGGCGCGUCCUUCGACCUGUCCAAGGAGCCGCAGUGCGGGGUGACGAGGACCAAUUGCGCCAGCGUCGAGGGCGCGGGGGCGUGGGGCCCGCUCCGGUGGUGCUACCGGAACGUCGUCACCGCCUGCCUCCUCGCCGUCGCCGCCGUGGCCUUACCCUCCGGCAAGCUCAUCCUGUGCGCCUAGGACACAAACCGAUCUGAGUUUUCGGAUCACAGGCUUCCUGGUGAGUUGAUUCGGAGGAAGCGAGAGGGAGGAGGGAAACCCAAGUGUUAUUUGCAUAGGACAUAAACAGAACACUGCUUGUGCUCCGAUGGUCAGAGAAUUCCCAGCAUUUUUUUCUCCGCCCAGAGAUGUUGAAAGGGCGUAGUACUCUUUGUAACGAUCGGAAGCUUCUUUGUAUGAUCCUCGUAGCAGCAACUCAAAAAUGAAAUUCUCAUACGGUUUAUUCUGAUUUCAUGCUUACAAUGGCAAAUUUAUGGAGUGCUGUGGCUAUUGA